AUGACUGCUGCACAAGCUCAUGGAGCUAUGCAGGUGACUUGUGGUACUUUGACGUUUCAGCCGUUGGGGGUGGGCACGAACAAGUGGGGCACGGACCCGGCGAAGUUCUCUGAGCCCAACAUCCGUGGGGCUUUCGAAACAUCUCUUUCAGAAGGAGUGACCCUGCUGAACACAGCGCAGCUGUACGGCACCUCGGAAAACUGCAUAGGGCAGCUUCGUGGCAGAGUGACCGGAGGCGAGAAGGCCUUGGUAAUCUCCAAGUUUGAUGCCCUGGGCAAGAACACAGAGCAGCUGAUCCCCAGCUUGGAGGAAUCUGCCUCGAAGUGUGGUGUCGAUGCACUGGACGGCUUUCUCAUCCACCACCCGAAAGGCAGUGCGACGGCAAUGGCUGAUCAGCUGGCUGCUGCUUAUCAGAGAGGCAUCGUCCGCAAUGUUGGGGUCUCCAACUACGAUGAGACAGCGCUGAGGGAAAUGCACGCUCUGCUGUGCCCAGGCAGCAGCUUACUGUUAGCAAUGUUGACGAACAGUGGCGAGGGCCAAAGCCUGAAUUUGCUCGUCCGCAGGCUCAUCAACUUGAAAGGCAGUGAAAGCCGAUCUCGGGAUGAGCUGCAUGUUGCCCAGCUAGUCGGAUAUCCACGCCUGAAAUCGAAGGAUUGCUGGUACGAAUCAAGCGGCCGCGUUUACAUUGACAUGCGUCCUGUACACUUCGCAUUAACGGCUGCGGCUUAUCAGAUUGUCUCUGAUGAAUUCCGAGAUUUGCGCAUCCACUAUAGGUUGAACCAGCUCGUCUUCCAGUUCAGUUUGAACAUCAGGCCACUGGCGACUGGAAUCCUUGCCCUGCGUGGGCCACGUGGCUUUGAGUUCGAUGACAACUGCCUGCCGUACGUGAUCACGGACAGGAACGAUGUCUUCGGCCCCAACACACAGGAUGUGUGGCCGCCAGAUUAUUCUGAGUGGCCACCAGAGUACCGCCCCACAAAGUGUGCCGGGAACGGGCGCGAAGCCCUCAUCACCGUGCCAAGUGGUCUGGGAAGAAACAGUCUCUACGUCUUCCGCAUUGGCGUGCGAAGGAACCCAAUGUCCACUCCGGAAUGGAACAAGUGGAGUAUCAACUUCAAUGAGCAAGCCUCGGACCCCUUCCAGGGCUUCACGGUAUGGACCUUUACCAACAUGAACAUCAUGGCUGUGGGGGCAAUGAAAACACCGACUGGAGCUGGCAUCAUCCGCACGCCUACCCCUGUGACCAUCGAGUUCAUGCCGUUCAACACAGUUCCGCCCAAGCCGCCGAACGAGCAGUUUGGCGGAAUGUUGCGGCUCACUGUUCCGGUUGGCUAUGAAAUCCAGCACUCCAACUCCCAGUGCGAGGUGGAGCUGUUCGUGACGGAUGGCUCGGUUGUAUUCGAGGACUCAGACUAUUCCUGCCGAGUGGAAAAUACGGUGAAGCAGCUGCUCUACAUGGCCGGCGCCAAGGACAUCCGCGGCGGAUAUCCGUACACCUUGAUCACGUGGACUUUCAACCCUCCGACUGCGGCGGUCGCUGAGACCUGGCGGAUCGACACCUUCCAGACUUGGACGGCCGAGCCGGAUACGGCUCUGGAUGAGACUGAGUUCCUCGGCUACAAUGUCAACAACCAGCUGAACAUCUUCCAAGUGACGAACUCGCUGAAUGUCUUCAACGGCAACACCAAGGUCAAUGAUAUCGACAUUCUGCUGAAUUUCCCGGAUCCCAUGAAGGACGACGACGAGAUCUUGAUUGUUGGCCCUCGUGGCUUUAACCUCAUCGGAAAUCCGGAACUGGCAAACUGCAACGAGUUCCGAUGGGUGGACGGUGUUCAGUUGCCAGCCACCGGCGAGCCAGGUUGCACCUGCGAUCCUCAGGGUUUCUGUACCAUCCGUUGGCAGAUCGACGAGUCGCGGGAUCCGGCAUAUCCGCAGAACGAGGAUAUCCACUUCAAGGUGGCUACGACAAAUCCGUCCCAGACGCCGUUCUUGACAGAUAACUACUGGAAGGCGUCCCAUGUGAAAGCGGCCGUGGUCAAGUCUUCUCACAUCUACCGGGGCUGGGACAUCAAUCCACAGCUGGAGAAUGUUGACAUUAAGCUGGUCGGCAAUGACUAUGCUGCUGGGAAGACAUCAGACAUUGAAGUUACGUUCACCCCUAUUACCGAUGCUGACACCAUCUACAUCGAGGCCAUCUUCCCUACGCAGUUCAGCUUCGACCAGUCGACUGUGGCCCUACCAUAUGACAUCGACGGCCAAAGUGAGGGCGCGACUCUCAUCAUCAACCGUGGAGCUUUCCGGGCCGGCAUUACGGCCACCAUCCGGAUCAACACGGUGCGCCUCGGGCGUGCGGGUGGACAGACUCGGUUCAAUCUCAUCACGUACAGAGAUGAGACGCGAACGGAGAAGAGGGACGAGAAGCUGGAUUUCGAUGGAGGUUUCCGACUGCCUGGCCUGAUCACGGUGCAGGGCACCCCCGUGCUCAAGAGCCAGUACCAGGUUGCGGCAGCAGCGAACCCUGUCAAGCAGCUCUUCAGACCACGUGUCUUGGAGGAUGCUCAAGCUGAGUUCACGCUCUCCUUCACGCGGCCAGUCCAGGCAUCUGAAAGGCUCCUCAUCACGUGCCAGGGGCAAGCACAGUACCAGCUCAAGCAGUCCCCUUUUGUCGUCAUCGGCAUCGGCCAAAUCGAAAACCAAGUGGAGAUCGACUCCUUUGGCACGCUUCGGGCGACGCUCAAGCCCGGACGUCCAGCGACGGAGGUGGCCUUGCAGGCGGAUACGCCGUACACCAUCAUCAUGUGGGUUCUACCCAUCCAGGGCGCCAACACUUGGCGUUUCGACACCAGCGACGGCGGCUCGCUGCCCACGAACACCAACGAUGGUGACCUUGAUGGCUUCUAUCCUGUGGAGCAGAUGGUUCUCGGAGUUGAGGCCGUGCGAAGUCCGCCGAAGGCUGUGGUUGAUGUCAUUCUCAACAUCGACGCGGGCAGUGCCAUCGUUCGGGAGCUGAUUAUCAUCGCUCCUCCCAGCUUCCUCUUCGACGAGAGCGCGGGUGGAUGUGGGAACAUGUGCCUGCCUGGCGAAGCACUGAGUUCGACCAGCCGAAGGACGGCCACGAUCCAGUCGCCCACGGGCGAACCACUAACGCAGCUGCGAAACCUCAAGGUGCGCGUGCUGACGCCCGCCCAGACGCCCAGCAGCGUGACGUGGUACGUCGAAGGACGUGGUCAAGGUGCCGGCACAACUGUCGGCUGGGGCGAAGGCCCAGGUUUCUUCGUGACGCAGAUGGCCGGCACAAGUGUCAUGUACCCGGCCGUUGCAACCAUCGCACAGGCACAGAUUGUGUUCACGUUUGCUCUGAACAUCAACGCCGGGAAUCAGAUCAACAUCGAAGCUCCGCCGGGCUUCAUUCUGACUUGCUCAACAGAAGGCGCACUCAAGCAGAUCAGUCUCCCGGGGGGCAAGCAGGGACCCCUGCAGCAUGCUGGUGUUUCGCUUCUGUACCUUUCACGCAACUUACGGACUUGUUUUCACGUGGCCUUUCUGACUGUACUUUCAGCCGAAUAUUUCAGAAGAGCAACCCUGCUUGUGGGUUCCGCGCUGCACCGUGCUAACUUUCCUAGGCAUCAGUCAGGUGCAGGUCGGAUUUUGCAGUUUAGCUUAGACCUUUCCUGCCUUCCUGUCGAUUGUGGUGUGCUUGCUUCUGAAGCCAGGUAG